GCGCGCGGUGGAGGGCUCGCGCUAUUGAGUGCUGACGGGGAUAGCGAAGGCAUCAGCGGAAGGUGGUAUUGUCGUUACAGUAUCCUCUUAGUAAGUUAGUUAGUUCUAAGUUAGAAAGGGAUGUUUUGUUUUCUCAUUCAUCAGUUCGCUGUAACGAGAAGGAGAACCUCUUAACGACCGUCCGCGUGCUGCGCGUUCGGAUUGCAUUGCGGCGCAGCGUCUCGCUCGUGAACUGAAGUGACUUUUCCCUCCGAAACUGACCCGCCGUCAUGUCAUCAUCCCAUGCAGCUUUUUAAAAUGGUAUUUAUUUAUUGUUAACUUUUUUUUUUUUCCCACGAAUGAUGUGCAAGUGUUUUCCUUUCUUGCUCGCGGAACAACGGAUUCGUCACGGUUCCCUUAUCCUGGCUGUUAGCGCCACGUGAAGUGAUUAACCGAAGGUGUUUCGCGCGUGACCAGCGAACGAGGACGAGCAGCAGCAGCAGCAGCAGCAGGCGACAUCAUAAAUGCGCGGAACUUAGCGUCGCUCCGACGGCUCUUCCUCCUGUCCUGCGCACGCGACGUCGUCCACGCGAGGCGCCUUCACAAGCGGUGACCCGCCUUCACACGCGGUGACCCGCCGCCGCCGGGCGCUGAAGUGAAGAGAUGACGGAGAUGAGCGAGAAGGAGAACGAGCCGCAGAGUCUGGAGCCGCAGAGCCUGGAGCCGCUGCGCUCGCUGGGCUCCGUGUCCGUGCAGCCCGAGUCCAAGCUGCAGCGUCUCAAGCGAUCUCUCUCCUUCAAGUCCGUGAUGCGCAGCAAGAGUGUGGAGAACUUCUUCCAGCGGUCCAACAGCGAGGCUCGCUUUGCACCUGACGUUAUCACUGAUGCCCCGCCUCCUUCCCCACCCCUCCUGCAAGAAUCUCCCCUGGCCUUUGACCACUCCCCUUCCAUCUCACCUUCCCUCAGUCCAAACCCCUCCGUUACCUCACACUCACCGUCUCUGAGCCCCUCGCCUUCCUUGUCAUCCAAAGCGGCUGCUCAGCUCCGCCCCCUGAAGAUGCACUGCUUUCAAGAAUAUGUGUUCCGCCGGCCAACCCAUUGCCAGCUGUGCAAACACAUGAUCGUGGGUAACUCGAAGCAGGGCCUGCGCUGUAAAUCUUGCAAGCUGGGGGCCCACCUGUGGUGUUCAUCUGAGCUGUCCCAGCAACCCUGCAAUGGCAAGUCGGGGGCCUUCAAACGGAACUUCAGCUCCCCACUGUUGGUUAACGACCAACUUGGGGUGGUUAAGGAAGCCUCCUCCAAUCUAGAGUCUGGGAAGCCAGGCGUGGACCCGGUGUACGAGGCCCUACGCUACGGGACGUCCCUGGCACAGAUGAGUCGUUCCAGCUUCGGCAGCAUCUCUGAGUCGCCCACGCGCAGCGUAAGCGACGAAGGGGAGAACCAGGUGUCAAGCCAGUCAAUGACGGAUGAGAAGCAGCCCAGCCAGGAGACAGGUGCUCUGAGCGCAGCCUUGGAGAGCGAGAAGACUGAGUCAGAGGACAGAGACAGUGUGAAGGCACCCAAGAGGAUUGAGGUCCAUUCCAUCCACACUUACGUGGCUCUAUACAAGUUUCUCCCCCAGGAGAAGAACGACCUGGAGCUCCACCCUGGCGAUCGCGUGCAGGUCACCGAUGACUCCAACGAGGACUGGUGGAAGGGGAAGAGCAGGGACAAGGUGGGCUUCUUCCCAGCCAACUUCGUGCAGAGGGUGCGACCUGGCGAGCGGGUGUGGAGGGUCACCCAGGGUUUCCACGGCAACCGAGAGAAAGGUCAGAUGACUGUGAAAGAGUCACAGGUCUGUGUGGGGAAGAAUGACAUAAUCGAUGGCUUCUUGAGACUCAGCAGUGGGAAGAAGAGGGGUCUGGUCCCCUACACCUCCCUAGAGGAGAUCUGAUCCAGCCAAGGGGCUUCCUUUCCCCAGCUGCCCUUUCUCCCGCCUGGAACACCUCCAGCCUUGGCCUGCACACUCCCGAUCAGGAAUAAGAGGAAAAGAGCCCCCUCCCCAUCAGCACACUCCUGGGGAGGAAAGAGUGGGACUACUUGCCAGGAGGCCUGGCAUCAAUAAGAGUUCUGCUGAGCUCCGCCACUGGUCUCUGACCUCAGCACUCGAACACACCUGUUCCCCGAACCCCUGCAGUGAGAGUCUUGUGCGACGAGAGUGGGGUUUGCAGAAGCCUGGCCCUGCAGGAGCAGCGGUCGGUCCAUCUUAGGGCUUCACCGUUAUGCUCUCAGCUGCACGACAUCACCAAAAUAUAGGGAUUGAGGAUGGGGACCUUCAGAAGUUUACCCAAACCCAGCGGACAGCGCAGGGCAACUGCAAAGACAGCCAGUUCGGUUUCCUUUGCAGCCCAGUGACUUGGGAAAGGGGACGAGGUAUCUGUGUCAGAGCGCUGGGUCCUAUGUAGCUCACCAUGUCUGGACUGUUGAACAUUUGACUCAUAACUUGCAGGAAUCUCAGGUCUUGCCUCACCUGUGAACCACUAACAAACCGGCUGAAGACACAAGUGUGACUAUGGAGGCUGCACUUGGAAAGACAGAAGAAGAAACCCGACUGCAUUAAUGUGUGAGGUCAAGAGUUCAAGAGGUGGGAUUUAAGAUUGCAGCGUUUGGCGAGUCACUCCGGAAUGUGGUUGCGUGCAUUUGCCCGAACAUUUCGGGGCUCUGUGCUUUUUAACCCAUCAGCUCUGGAUUGUUGUACAGGGUCCCGCUUUGCUAGCUCAAAUCCCAGCGCCCCUGUCGGCCAUUUCCACAUGCAGGCAGGUUCCUCACUGCUGAGAUCCACACUUGUAUUCGAUGAAACACUACGAUGCAAACGGUCAUGCUGUCGUACAGCACACAGGUAAUCUCUCAGUACGACACUAACGUACUCCCACGUUGUACAUACACUCAGGCAACACUAUUUCACCGAUACAGCCAGUCCACAACUGAGCACUGUGCAUGUACUCCUACAAUACGUACGCAAAUUGAAUUAUGUAUGAAGUUCAGUAAGGCAGUCAUUCAUUAUGCAUACAAUUAGGUAACACACAGAGAGUGAUGGCGAAAUUCUCCAGAGGAACAAUCACAGUCACAUUUUUUCAGCGCGUACACACAAGAGGGCAUACAAGUCUGCCUGGAUUAGUGUUGAUUUCUCCCGACCCGCGGGGGAAGAUGAGCCGUCUGGUCUCACACCAGCAUUGUGUUCCUGUGCUCUGCAGUUAAUGGAAGGAAGCGGGGUGGAAAAUGACAAGCAAGCAGGUUCUUUAACGCACCUGCCUCGGUGGCAUUAGGAGCGGCGUACGCAGGGCUAGGGUUGCCAGGUGUUGGGGAAGAGAUACGGGAAGAGAUUCACCUUCACGCUGAGUUUCAGGUCUGACCGUUGGCUAAAGGCUGGGGAGGAAAGUCACAGCUGUUUGCUGGGGAAUGAAGAGGUGCUCUAUGGCAAACAAGCAGCAUUUGGAGCUGCUGCAGCACCAUGUGUUUCUAUGUUAAGUGGAAAGAUGCCUGAGCCCCCGACCCCCCCAGAGUUAAUAGUAGGGUUUCCUCGCAGUCAGAUGUCAUAAGCAAAUUGGCGGUUUGCGUUCAGCAAGGUAUUUAAGGGCGAGUGUAAAGGAUAUCAAUAAAUUACAGCCGUGACUUUUAGAAUAGCCUGCAGUGGAGCCCCACUGAAACAACUGGCUUUGCUUUUUUAAGUCUUUUCCUUGGGCAAAAUUUCCAUAAUUUCCCCUGAAAUUCACAAACAAGUAAUAGUAAAUAAAGACUUGUAUGAAACUUUUAAAGGGAACUCCCCUACUGAGCUUCACAUCAGUUUAUAUUUCAUCUUUAUUAAGAGAAGCUACUGAGAAGAGGUUAUACCGUAGAUUUAAUGUAUGAUUAUAGACAUGUAUGAUGGUGUUCUCACUGCAAACAGAAAAAGGUUUUAAUUUUCCAUUUUGCAAAGGAAAAACACAUGGGUCUCAUGGUGAACACCGGGGCCUUGGUGUCUCUGGCUGACACAGCUCUCUCCUCUGUGCACCCUUUGGAUCACAAGUAUUUCACAGCUCCGGCACGUUCCUGCUCUGAGGUCCAGACCCCUGGUCCCUGCAGGCACUUCUUCCCUCUCUCUGAUCUCCUUGUGCUGCACUUUUCUCAAAGAGGUUUGGUUUUCAGAUGAAACCUACGUUGUUUUCCCAAUCCAUUGUUUUCCAGACAGCUGUGGAGAUGGAGGAAGCUCUUUAGUAUCCAUGUUCGCACUCUGGUACGGCUCUUGCAAACUCCCCAAACUUUUCCCAACACACGACACAAACACCAAAUGUGGACUCGUGUUCUUUGCUUGUCAUUGUUUGUUGGCAUUCGUCACUGAACAUUUUUGCGGAAUCAACGCGUUCAACAGGCGUUUGUCAAAGUUGUCAAAAACUGGACUAAUGUGCCUUGAUUCUCAACAGAUUCCACCAAACUGUGAACUCAUGUAGCCUGUUUCCAUGGCAACUCAAAGUGUUUCCUUUCCGUGGAAAUGUCAACGUCAAAGGGACACGUAAUCCGGCAUUUUAAUUAAUCUUUGUCAAAUUUUGCCACAUCAUUUUUACAUAAUACAAAAAGUCACUUUUAGGAAUGAAAGGCAUAAAGGAGCAAGUCCCGGAGUGUCCAGCCAGUUGUAUGUCUUAUGAUAUUAUGGCAUCACGAUUGGUAUCAGUCCAGGUCCCCUGGCCCAUAGCAAAAAAAGAAAACAGAGCUGUAGACUAGAAAACUCGUGAAAAGGCCAUGUUGCGGUGGUAGAUGCUGAGUGGCUUGACACUCAAAAUGUAUGAAGCUGAAAAAGCACCUUGUGUGUGUGUGUGUGUGUGUAUGUGAACCGAGAUGUACUGGCACAUUAAUGAAUCUGUCGGGAAACAUACGGUUAUAAAUAAACGCCUUUUUUACUACAAGCUACCGUUAAGGUUCUUAACCGGUGUGAGGGAGCUCUGUGCUGUGAUGCUGAGCGGGUUGGCUGGAGACGAACUGCACAGAGCUACAGCGCUCAUGUUGGCGAGAUGCGUUAAAGGCUGGCUGUGACAAAUUCCGGGUGGCUUUGCAGAAAAAGCAGAAGGCAGCGCCAAAGCAAGCAGACAGGUGGCUCCAGCUGUGAUUAGGCUGCUGUCUUCAGCCCUGGGCCGCAGUUGUUCUCCCUACACAGGCCUCCGUUUCUGCAGACACGAGCAAAUGCGCGUGCCUCUCGUACACCUUUACACAUCUACCUCUUGUCGAGUGCCAGGCCCUGCAGCCCGACGGCACAGAGCACAACAACAAGCACAACGCGGUGCGGUGAGAUCCAGGUGCGGCUGCUGUCGGUGCGGAGGAAGCGCAGGCGCCCUCUCUUCAGCACCCUGGACAGGACCCGGCCGACGUGCGGCGCUGUCUGUGGUGCUGAACACCUGGCGAGCUUUGGUUCUCAACGUUCGGGAUCUCGUGGUCAAAGUACCGCCGUAGGCAAAUCGAUCCUUGAUUUAAACCCCCCUCUAAUCAUAGUAAAUAGAUCGAAGGUUAUUAAACGGCUGCUUUGAAAGGUCCUUGGUUUCUGCUUCCCAUCUGGUAUUUUCAAUGCAACAAACUCAUUUUCAGUUUCUGGAUGGCAGUUCAGAAGGAAGAAUAUUGUUCAGUGAGGUACCGGCCAUAACCUUCACUACACAAGAAAGAGUUUGGCCAGUUCAUCGGGCUCAUCGGGCUCAUGCUUUAUCGCAGCAAAUGUAGCACUCGGUAAUCUUUCGUUAACAUACAGUAUGCAUUUUUAUCAUGUCAACUUGUUAGAAAAGUUGCUUAUUUACUCACUGGUAUCAGCUGAAAAAUAACUUAGUUUGGAUCCCAUUCCGAAGUCAUACGUUCAAAAAUGUCUUUGUGUUGAUUUUUAAAUUCAAAUUAAGCGUGCAUUUCAUGCUUUGAAUCAUACCGAUUACAAAAAGCAGGGUGGCUAUUUACAUGGUACGGCGGUGCGCUUUUCAUUUGGACUCGCGAGUUUUACCUUCACCUUUGGAAGCCGUACUUGCUGCGGCUGUGACAAAGUCCUACAAAACAGAGACGGAUUUACUUCACAAUGGGAUGGAGCACAGUGCUAGGGAGUGACGCAGGGUUUACCGAUGACUGUUACCUGACGCGCACCACAAAACAUGCAGAGCACAACGCUUGUACUUUCAGGUGGAAAGCACGGCACACAUAUCAGUUGCCCGUCUGCUGUCUGGACAAUAAAGAAUCAUUUUGAAAGCAUUGUAGUGAUUAUGUAUCAGAAUUUUUGGCCUAAACGGUUCAAAUGGCAGGUUCCAUCUGUCCAGCAUGGUGCUGCUCACUCCUGCUGCUGAGCUUCCCAAACACGAGUGGACGUCUGCAGAACACGCUCUAUGAAUUGUUUGGAGGUCUGCAAGAGCCUUUACACGAGAAGGUCCAGAACGAAAUAAGAGAACACAAAUUGCAAAUAUAACUCAUUACGGCAGUAGACAGUUCAGCACUGGGUUCAUUUACCGCUCUACGAGAUGUGAGCCAGUUUAGGAACCUGUCAGGAAUGGCAAGAGGAGCAAAUUUCAUCCAGAUGAUUGAUUGUUUUCCGGCAUACUGUGCUACCUGUGGCAGUAAUUGCACAGUGUCCCUCUUCCCUCCUGUAUGUAAUAUAAAUGGAAGUGAAAGUAAAUCACAGUGACUCUGAAAUAUUCACCGGUGAGUUCAGCCACUGAUGCCUGGGCUGCGAAGGCACCUCCGUCAGGAUGAAGCCGAAGUCCUGCACAAGACACGUGGUUCCUCUGAGCACCGGGAUGGCACUGGCUGCGUGAGCGGGGGCUCGAUGUUGCGCUGGUGUUCGCCCUAAUGCGGCAUUUCAGGAAAAACUGCUGAGUGGAUAAGUCGAUUCUAAUGUGGUCAGCGGUGUUUCAUCUGAAGGUUUAACACUUGUGACUUAUGAGAUGGUCAGAAAUAAUCAAUCCCAGCUGCAUGACUCCUGUUGCUUAAGGCCUGUGCGUUCCAGAAGUACUACAUACAUGUAUAGAUGAGAAAGAUGCAAACUGCCCUUAUUUCUCAAAGGCGCCGUUUAGAUAUUUAGUUGUCUUGAAAGGAAGGGUUUGGUCUUCGCUGAUGCUACAACUGGACAUGACGGUUGCACUUACUGAAGUGCUGUGAGUGUAUGUGUGUAUCCAGAUGGCCACUGGACUCAACCCAAGCUGCACACCAUCCACAUCACACUGUUUCUUCAGCACAUCCAGCUCUCACAUCACCGUGUGUGUGUGUGUGUGUGUGUGUGUGGGGCAGUAUGCAACAGCAAUGAGAACAUGAGUGUCCAGUGAGCAAUAAAGUGUCCAGUUAAA